AUGGCGAAGCGCAGAGCCAGGACCAGAGAUCUCAAGGGGACGCCCGGGAAGGGGCUUCCACUAGCAGACCAAACCAACAAUCACCCUCCUCUUCCGGCCUUCUCCCCUGCAUUGGCAUCUCCCCCUCCCAAGAGAAACCCACCAUCAUUAAAGACUCCCGACUUUUGUAAAAGAGGAUUGUUCACAUCGCCUGUGAAGGAAUCCCCAGUCUCGAAACUCACAAAAUCUGUUUCAACCCAAACCGAUCCUGUUGCUUGCCUCGGAUUUGAAGAUGAAAUUCUGGCCAAGGAUCCAAGUCAAGAGCUGCAACAACUAGCCUUCAACACACUGGAAGCUCUACAUUCAAAGCAAAAGAACAAGGACUACGUUCGUCUAUCGAUGCGACAUGGUGCACGAACAUAUUUGAAUGUGCCAAGCUCUCGCUUCACGGUUUCAAAGAGUGUCUCCAAUCAAGUCAACAAGAAACUCAACAAGCAUUCCAAUUUGGUUUCAGGGCUGCUUCAACGCCUUUUUGGAGGUGGCUUGCAGCGGAUGAUGCCUGCAAUUUUGGCAAAAAUCGGCAGGCAAUUUCGUUUGACAGUUUUGCCACUCAAGGAUUGUGUAUUGAAUAUCGUUCAAGCAGCGGCUCUACGAGACUAUGUCCCCACAUCGACACGAGGACUUGAGAGACUUGCGAAUGCCCUUCAUGACUUUGUUCCAAUUCUUGGAAAGCUGUUGUUUCCGCGACAGUUGCGUCGUCGCAUUUCCGAAUUUGAAAAAUGUACGCUUGAUGUGGAGCUGAGCUUUGAAGUCAUAUCAUUGGAGAUGAAUGGGGAUGGGAAAAUGAAGCCGUGUGUUCAUGCAUGGGUUUCCAACCUUCCUGUGGUCGUUGAAGGUCUUACUCGUAGUGCUUUGAUUGCCGGAAAGUUUCAAGAAUCAGAUCUAUUGUCAGCACACAAAGCUGAAGUCUUGAUUAUUCAAGGAUGUGAUAAAGGAGGAAGCUUGACGCUCAGCUUGAUGCGAAUUGCCAACAGAGUAGAUGGGAAUGCUCCACAAUUCUGCUUCCCUUUAGCAUUUUAUGAAGAUGCGAGAGAGUCCUACAGCAAUCUCGAAAGGACAAUAUAUGACAAUUCAAAACCCGCCACCAAGCCUGUUCAAUCUUUUCUUCAAUCCCUGCUUGAUGGAAAAUUUCACAUGCUCAUUGUCUCCUCCUGUUGUGGCAGUGAACUCAUCGAUGCGCAAUGCUUGCUCAUCGAAUUCAGCGGCUACUCUGUCUAUGAAAAGCAAGAUUCCUCCAUUCACCAUGACUGCAGUCGACUAUUGCCAGAUGCUGAUCACCGAGAGCUCUUCGUGAACACGGAAGAGGCAAGAGCUCGAACACGGCCAGUGAUUGUGACGUUGGAUAGAGUGCGAUGCUGCCCUCUGGCAGCGCGACUUGUGCUAGCGGAUCCAACAGACGAAGAUGUGGACUCAUCGGAGGGAACGACGUACUCGGGUCUCUUGCUUUACCAGUCAUUGGAGCGAAGGGCCGGGACGCUUGUUGGUCGGCUCCAUUUCACGUCGGCGCUUUUUGUCCCAUCCACUGCCUCAGUCAAACUCCAAUGCUACGGAUGCAGACCAUUCACUGCAGACGAUUUGAAGCUCAACGUUGCAGUUUCAGGGCAAGGCACGGCGUCAAGCAAAUACCCAUGCCCUAUCUGUGUUGCAUCUAGUGAUGAAUUCGGCCACUGCAUCCACGGUCUCAUUCCUCCCCCUCUUCGGGAUGGAGAAAACAACAACAAUCAACUCUAUGAAAAAUUCAAGGAGGUCGCCGGUGCAAGAGCAUUGAAAGUUUCAACAGACUCCUCGGCGGCGUCAAUGCAUAGUAUCAAGGACAAAGCAAAGAGUGUUGUGCACCGUCCACUGCUGCUAACACCACCCUCUCAGAACACGGCAGGGUCAAUGCAUGUAUGCCAAGGAAUGAUGACUCACCUGCACACCUCACUAGGCGGACGUUUAGGCUGCUCGAGCAGAUCGAUCGUUGAGCGAGCAACUAACCUGCAGACAGAGAGAGAGCAGCACGCUGUCAAGAGCGGAAUGGCUGCAUGGUCAGCCGUUCUCAAGGCUGCUUCCGAGCUCUCUUUAUCUGGAAAUAAGUUCAUCAAAGACUCAGGUUCAAAACCAGAAGGCGAGGCAAGUUAUUUGUUUUACCAAUCUAUUUGUGUUGACGGUGGCGUCAGGUUCAAUGUCGAGCAUUCAGGGCUGGAAUUAACCAACGCCAAUGGAAUCAAAGUCCUUUCGCAACAAGACAUCAUUGCCAAGCGAGUGGAAAAAGCUUACAUUCAGGAAGAGACGCAUAAUCUGCAAUCGGAGGUAAGAGCAGUCAUGGCAACGUGGCGCCGCCUUGCUGCUCUCCUAUUGGAGCUGUCAAGGACUAUGAAGCGACAAUCCAAACUAUCGGAAGAAGAAAUCAGCCGCUUCAAGCAAUGUGCGAUUGAAUAUGGGAGAGAGUGGACCUCCAUGAUACCUGGAAAAGACAAUGUUUUCAACAAACUACACACUUUGAUUGCCCAUUUGACAACGUUUGCUGAAGUGCAUAAGACUAUCGGUUUGGUCAACGAGGAAAGCUUUGAAGCAACACACCCUCGAGCACAAACAAUAAGCAAUCACCUCAAGAGUAUGGUUUCCACAGAAGGAAAGGUGGAUAAAAUUGUCCAGCGUUUCUCUCUUGGCCUCCACAGCGACUAUCAAAUGACUCGCACAGCUCUUCAGGACGAGAGAAAGACAGGGCCCCGAAAGCUGAAGGAUGGAGACCGCUACAAAGUCUCCCAUCGCACUCGGCAACAAGAUAUUGCCCCGAUUUGCAAUUCAACAUCUCCAAGCAUGUGUCUUCUCCCACAAGAGUUAGUCCGAGUUGCCACAAACCAAGCUGUGGUGAAGAAGGAAUGGCAUGAUUACUACAACUAUUUGGUGUGCGGAAGAGUCCCUGACGGCUGGAGGAGAGCUUUUGGAGACGACGACAACAUUGGCAAGCAAUGUAUUCAAGAUCAAAUCCGAGUUUGUGUAGGUGCUGUUUUGUGGCAUCCAAAGGCAAGGAGAAAUGGAAAACGUGGUAUCGUUGUUGUGUUAUAG